UGCACUAAAUCUGUCUACAUCUCUUUACAGAAAUAUGGAUCUCUUCCCUCCAGGUCUGAACUUCCCUAUCAGCACCCAGCCGAAGGCAUAUACAGUGCAGUUUCUUUUAAGCCUGACUUCCACCAAGAGGAUGUAAAGAUGAUGGUGUGGAAGCGUCUGCUACGUAAAAUCCUCCCAGCUCCAGAAACGCUGAAGCUGGACCCUGUGAGUGCUCAUCCUAUGCUUGAACUGGCCAAGGAGAAUACUAUGGUGAAAUAUGGACUAUUCUUCCAACGGCGAGACAGCAAUCCUGAAUGCUUUGACUACAGCAAUUGUAUCCUGGCUAAUAAGGGCUUCUCCUGGGGAAAGCACUACUGGGAGAUUAUUGUGGGCUCCAAGAGUCACUGGCGCCUGGGCAUCAUCAAGGGCACAGUCAACCGCAAAGGCAAACUGAGUAAGAGCCCAGAAAAUGGGGUCUGGCUCAUUGGCUUAAAAGAGGGCAAAGUAUAUGAGGCCUUCAAUACCAGCAGACUGGUUUUGCCGAUCUCAGCCCGACCCCAACAAAUUGGAGUCUACCUACACUAUGAGAAGGGAGAACUAACCUUCUACAAUGCUGACAGCCCAGAUGAGCUGAUACCAAUCUAUACUUUCCAAGCAGAAUUCCAAGGCAAGCUAUACCCCAUUUUGGACAUGUGUUGGCAUGAGCGGGGUAUCCAUAACAACUUACCCAUUAUACUACCUACUCCCCAAAUGCUGCAGACUGAGGUUGACUGCACCAAUACUGAUGAGCCCACCAAGUUAUAAUACGAUAUAAUAUGCUACUAUUGUGUCAAGUUACUGGGAAAGCUCCAGACUGUC